CCACGAGAUAUUGUACUAGUAGUUGAUGGAUCCCAAUCUAUCGGUACAGCAUCCUUCGAUCUCCUUAAAACCAAACUGAUCGAUUUCACUAAACAAGUGCCCAUGGGUCCUUUAGAAACAAAUGUUGGAGUGGUGGUAUACAGUUCCAGUGUACAGCCAUCUGGUAUUAUACCUCUUACCAGUGAUCAAGCUGCAAUAGAAGCAGCUAUCAAUGCUCUACCCUACCCUGAAGCCGGAACUAAUACACAUCUCGGAAUGAUCGAAGGAAACAACCUGCUAUCCGCGUCUACCAGAUCCGGUGUAGACAAGGUCAUGGUGGAUAAGAUUAUGAUUGUAAUAACUGAUGGUGUGUCUGACUUCCCCGAUGCUACUAAAAUAGCUGCCCAGAAUGCCAAAAAUGACGGAGUGACAGUGUAUGCAGUCGGGGUUGGUGGAGUCGACCCAACAGAAUUAAAUGAAAUUGCUUCUGGUCCAACUUAUGUUCAGACAGCAUCAGAUUUCAACACACUGGCUCAGUCCCUUCUUUUGUUUUCAAGAAGUCUUUGUGACUGUGUUAACCCACUGGAUGUAGUUUUUGUUGUGGAUGGAUCCGGGUCUGUAGGUCCCACUAAUUUUGAUACCAUGGUAAACCGAAUUGCAGAUGCCAUGCCACGGUUCGAUCUGGACCCGGCAGUGGUAAAUGUUGGUCUGAUAGUUUUUGAUUCAGAUAUACGG